AUGGGGUCUGAGGCAAGAAUGAAGGGUUUGCAUUUGUUUUUCAUCUUCUUCACUCUGUUGGUGGUGGCGUUUGUUCAAUUCCCAGUUGAAGCUGCUCCUCCGGCUGGCCCCUUGAUAAAGCAUGUUUCCUCACUGCUCAAAUGGACCAGGACUUCAUCAAAGCUACCUCAAUCUGAUGGCAAUGUGUUACAAUUCGAAGAUGGUUACCUAGUUGAAACUGUUGCACGAGGCAAUGAACUUGGGGUUAUGCCUUACAAAAUUCGUGUCUCGCACGAUGGUGAACUUUUUGCUGUGGAUGCAGAUAAGAGCAACAUUGUCAAAAUUACUCCUCCCUUGUCUCAAUACAGCAGAGGAAGAUUGGUUGCGGGAUCAUUUCAGGGUUAUACAGGGCAUGUGGAUGGAAAGCCGAACGAAGCUCGUUUCAGUCACCCGAAAGGAGUCACCAUGGAUGAUAAAGGAAACGUAUAUGUGGCGGAUACUUCAAACCUUGCCAUUCGCAAGAUAGGAGAAUCAGGUGUGACAACUAUAGCUGGGGGAAAAUCGAAUGUUCCGGGAUACAGGGAUGGGCCAAGUGAAGAUGCAAAAUUCUCAUCUGACUUUGAUGUGAUUUAUGUUCGCUCUACCUGUUCAUUACUAGUUGUUGACAGAGGAAAUGCUGCUCUUAGGCAAAUCUCCCUUGCGCAAGAGGAUUGUGAUUAUCGAUACAGCUCAGUUUCAGCCACAGAUAUUCUGAUGGUUAUUGGUGCUGUUGUGAUCGGAUAUGUGUCUUCCAUGCUCCAACAGGGAUUUGGCUCAUCAUUCCUUCCCAAAAUGGCAGGCCCAUCAAAGAAUGAGAAGGUACCCAGUCAAUUGGCGGAACCUGUGAAAGAGGAUCAAGAAGCAGUAUGGCCAUCUUUUGGACAGCUUCUCUCAGAUCUGUCGAAACUGGCAUUUGAAGCACUGGGCAACAUCUUAGUAUACAUCAUGCCUUUUCGAUCUGAGCACAAUAGUUCAAGGAAUGGCCUCACUCCGUUGAAAGAUUCUUUGAUCAUGCCUGAAGAUGAAGCCGAGCCCCAGGUCAAAUCAGUUCAAAAGCAGAGAACUCCUGCCCCGAUGUCAGAAAGCAGACAUGCUUUUACACCAACAGUUGGCGAUAAAUCCUCCGAAGUCAAGCCCCCAAAGAUCAGGUCAAGCAGCUUAAAAGAUCCCUCAUUGUCCACCAAACACAAGUCUUCUAGACGACAAGAAUACUCUGAAUAUUAUGCAUCUGGUGAGGUUCCUCCGUAUACCCAAGUGAGGACCAAGAGUCAGAAGGAAAGAACAAAGCAUCGACAUAGGGAUAAGAGCGGAGAGGUUACAGGGUCGAGCAUAGUGGAGCCGAAGGCUGGUGAAAGUAAGCCUGCCGACUACGGCGACGCAAAGUAUGAUCAUUACAAUAUGAGGAGUAAGUAUGGGGAUGCAUUUCGUUUUCAAGGAAGCAUGGGGUGUGCUGGAUCAUCACAGAGCAAAGGAGAUGGCACAGGGACAGUGAAAAAGAUCCGAAAGCCUAAACCUUGGAAACAUCCUCAGCCCAUAACCAAGAGUCAGUUAGUGCAGCUGCGAGAAGAGUUUUGGGACACUGCUCCUCAUUAUGGAGGAAGAAAAGGUAAUGAUGGAUUGAGAUUUUCGCUUUCUGGGAAUGUAUGCAUUGUUACGGCGAUAUUCUGA